CCGGAUGGAGGAUUUGGGGGUUCCGGGGUAUUUCACUUUGGAGUUGUUCGUCGCCAUUGAUUCGUAUGUGAAAAUGCACGGAAAGGACGCAAGCGGGGUUGAUACGGACCACGACAGUGAUCCUGAAGCUCAGGCUGAUGAUUCUGUCUUCUUGGGAAAUGGUGGCUCGAAGAAGCAGCGUCGAAGAAGCACUAGUCAGAAACUUAGGGCUGAGGAAGCUUUACACCCUUCUUGGCGAUACACCUCAAGUGGAAUCACAAAGCAGGAUCAACUGAGCUUGCAUAUUAAACCAGACAUUAGAGUGGAUAAGAAAUUUGACCCGAGCUUGGAGAAAAAUUAUGAACCUUCCCUAUUGGUUGAUAAGGUUCAACCUCGGGAAAACAGUGAUGAAAUCAUGGAUGAGGUUGAGGAGUUGAGGGGUGAAGAUGAAACAGAAAUGAUGGCUUUAAUUCUACAGGAAAAUGCACAACUUAUCCAUGCAAUAGUUGAAGGUGAUUUAACGAAUACUGCUGCUGAUCAAACUGAUUUAGUGAGGCUCCAAGCUGAUAAGCUCAUUGAUUACCUUGAAAAAAUUUCCGAGACCCUUGGUCAGCUCUGUGAGAUAGUGCAAGGACGUAAAUAGUUUGGACCAUGCUAAGUUCUGACCAAUCUAGUCUCACCAUUUGAGUGGCAUUUCGAGUAUGAGAUUACUACCAUUUGUAGCCAAUGUUUGGGAUAUGUAAGUAUGUAACUUUAAUUCAAGAGUAAAACAACAAUUUUAUUCCUAAAUGGAUGUCAUCAUGGUUGUACUUUCUUCUCAUAAAUGUGAUGAUUUUGCGCCAACCAAUUA